ACGUCAGAUCGUUUAAUCCGGAAACGGCGGCGGCGGCGGCAGCAGAGACGAUACACCGAGGGGCAGUCGUUGGUGGGCGCUCCGGGGUUCCAAGCGAAGGUAACGUGACCCGGAAGCGGAAACGGGUCCCGUCGCAGCUCCGGCCUGCCGGCGGGUUCCUGCUGCCAUGGACCUGUUGUUUGGGCGCCGGAAGACGCCAGAGGAACUGUUGCGACAGAACCAGCGGGCCCUCAACCGGGCCAUGCGGGAGCUGGACCGGGAGAGACAGAAGCUGGAGACCCAGGAGAAGAAAAUCAUCGCAGACAUUAAGAAGAUGGCCAAGCAGGGCCAGAUGGAUGCUGUGCGCAUCAUGGCCAAGGACCUGGUACGCACCCGGCGCUAUGUGCGCAAAUUUGUGCUGAUGCGGGCCAAUAUCCAGGCUGUGUCCCUCAAGAUCCAAACGCUGAAGUCCAACAAUUCAAUGGCGCAAGCCAUGAAGGGCGUCACCAAGGCUAUGGGCACCAUGAACAGACAGCUGAAGCUCCCACAGAUCCAGAAGAUCAUGAUGGAGUUUGAGCGGCAGGCAGAGAUCAUGGACAUGAAAGAGGAGAUGAUGAAUGAUGCCAUCGAUGAUGCCAUGGGUGACGAGGAAGACGAGGAGGAGAGUGAUGCUGUGGUGUCCCAGGUCCUGGAUGAGCUGGGACUGAGCCUCACAGAUGAGCUGUCCAAUCUCCCUUCAACUGGGGGCUCGCUCAGUGUGGCUGCUGGUGGGAAGAAAGCAGAGGCUGCAGCUUCAGCCCUGGCUGAUGCAGAUGCAGACCUAGAGGAGCGACUCAAGAACCUGCGGCGGGACUGACCACCCAGCCCUACCCUGACUGCCCUGGAGCCCGCUAAUGCUCCCUCUGGAAUAAAGAG